AUGCUCAGGAUGGGAACCCGCUUCCCCCUCCUCCUGCUGCUGCUCGCCAGCGUCCCCGCCUCCCGCUCGCGGGGCUGCUGCGGGGGGAGCGGGGCGCCCCGGCCGGCGGGCGAGGCGCGGCCUGGGGGUGCCCCGAGGGAGCCGCCGCCGGAAGCGGGGCCCGGGGAACCCCGGAGCGGCUGCUGCGGCAGCCGGCGGCUGAAGAUCGGCCUCAUCUGCGCGCUGGGGGCGCUGGUGAUGGUGAGCAACGGGGCGGUGAUCGCGGUGAUCGCCUCGGCCGUGGCGGGCUGGAGCCGCAGCAGCCGCCUCACGCUGCUCUCGCUGGCGGCCGCCGACGCGGCGCUGGCGCUGCUGGUGGUGCCGCUCAACCUGUACGGCAGCCUGGCGCGCGGGGCCCCGCCCGAGCCCUACUGCCGGGCCGCGGCCUUCCUCAACUCCAGCGUCUUCGGCGCCUCGCUCUACUCGCUGGCCGGCGUCUCGCUCGAGCGCUACGUCGCCGUCUUCUUCCCGCUCCGCCACGCGCGCCUGCUGGGCCGGCGCCGCCUCGCGCUGCUGCUGGCGGCCGCCUGGCUGGGCCCCGCCCUGCUGCUGCUGCCCGUCGCCCUGCCCGGCCGCGCCGCCGUCCUGCGCGUGCGCUUCUCGGCCGCCGCGCUGCUCUGCGAGCCGGACUACGGCUCCAACGCCGCCUACGCCGGCCUGCUGGCCGCCGCCAUCUUCUGUCCCGCCGCGGCCACCGUCACCUUCGCCAACCUGCGCCUCUGGCAGGCGGCGCGCGCCCAGCGCCGGCGCGGCGACGGGGCGGGGCCGCCCGCCAAAGGGGCGGGGCUGAGGCGGCUCCGCCUGCUGCAGCUGGACGCCGCCUCCCGGGUCCUAGUGCCCGUCGUCGUCGCUUUCUACGUGUGCUGGGCGCCCUGCAUGGUCACCAUCCUGUACAACGCAAUCACGAAGGACCGAGUUCACGAGUGGCUGGAGUUUGUGGCCCUGUGGCUGCCUAGCGGCAGUGGCUUCCUCAACUGCUUUGUCUACUUCUGGACCAACAGGAACUUCAGGCACAAGUUCCAGAAGAUCGGGCACAAGCUCUGGGGGCCCUGCAGCCGAGCCAAGUGGGAGCAGGACGUGCACAGGAUGGUCACCAUCAGUGCAGCGGUGGAGAGGAGCAGCAGCCAGCCUGCUCUCCCCCCGGACCGCUCCUGCAGUGGGUCGUCCACCAGCACCUUACUGCCCAGAGAAGCACAAACUAGCCUAUAA